AUAAUUAAUCGCAAUCACGAUCAUCCCAUCCCAAUCCAAGCAUCAUAAUCACAUUGAGAAGCAUGCAGCAGAAACAACAUCACCUCUUAUUUCUUUAGACCGAAAAGAAGAAUAAAAAAGUAUUCAGUUUUCUCUGCAAACUUCAGAUUCCAAUUCGAAUUCAGAGUCGCGAAUUGAGAGAACAAGAAGAUGACGCGUUCCAAUGAGGAAACGAAGACGUACCAGGAAUGGUUCAACUUGGCUGAUUCAGAUGGAGAUGGUCGUAUCAGCGGAAACGACGCUACGAAGUUCUUUACUCUCUCCAAGUUAUCUCGCUCACAACUCAAGCAACUCUGGUCUCUCGCCGAUACCAAACGACAAGGCUAUUUGGGAUUCAACGAGUUCGUUACUGCAAUGCAGCUGGUUUCGCUUGCACAAGCAGGGUACGAACUGAACUCAGAUAUACUUAAAAUUGAGAGGCCCGCUCAGCCUCAGUCAAUUCCAAAAAACCCGUGGUUUACUUCAAAAUCAAAAUCUCUAAAGAGAUUACCUCUCAAUUCUGUUACAUCAAUAGUUGAUGGCUUGAAGAAAUUGUACGUUGAGAGAUUAAAGCCAUUAGAAGUCACUUAUCGGUAUAACGAUUUUGCAUCUCCAUUGUUGACCAACAGUGAUUUUGAUGCUAAACCCAUGGUCAUGCUUCUCGGUCAAUAUUCUACAGGAAAAACAACAUUUAUAAAGCAUUUGUUAAGAUGUGAUUAUCCAGGAGCACAUGUUGGACCUGAGCCCACAACUGAUAGAUUCGUUGUUGUCAUGUCGGGACCUGAUGAGAGGAGUAUUCCUGGAAAUACCAUUGCUGUUGAUGCUGAUAUGCCUUUUGGUGGCCUAACAACAUUUGGAGGAUCAUUUUUAUCGAAGUUUCAAUGUUCUCAAAUGCCGCAUCCUCUAUUGGAUGAAGUAACAUUUGUGGAUACUCCUGGUGUCCUAUCUGGAGAGAAACAAAGGACUCAAAGAAGCUAUGAUUUCACCGGUGUUGUUUCUUGGUUUGCUGAAAAAUGUGAUCUCAUUCUUCUCCUAUUUGAUCCUCAUAAACUUGAUAUUAGUGACGAGUUCAAACGUGUGAUUUCAUCUCUACGUGGUAAUGAAGACAAGAUCCGUGUGGUUUUAAAUAAGGCAGAUCAAGUUGAUACUCAACAACUGAUGAGAGUUUAUGGAGCGUUGAUGUGGUCAUUGGGGAAAGUGCUAAACACUCCUGAAGUUUCACGUGUAUAUAUUGGCUCGUUCAAUGAUAAGCCUAUCGAUGAAAGCUUUGCUGGUCCUUUAGGGAGGGAUCUCUUUGAGAAAGAACAAAAUGAUUUGCUUGCAGAUUUGGUAGAUAUUCCAAAGAAGGCUUGCGAUCGCAAGAUAAAUGAAUUUGUCAAACGUGCUAGAUCUGCUAAAAUUCAUGCAUACAUAAUUAGUCAUCUCAAGAAGGAGAUGCCUGCAAUAAUGGGCAAAGCCAAGGCUCAACAAAGGCUCAUUGAUAAACUUGAUGAGGAAUUUGCAAAGGUUCAACGAGAGUAUCAUCUACCUUCUGGAGAUUUUCCUAAUGCAGAUCACUUCAGAGAAGUUUUAAGUAGUUACAACAUUGAUAAAUUUGAAAAACUGAAGUCCAGAAUGAUUCAAGCCGUAGAUGAUAUGCUUGGAUAUGAAAUUCCAGAGCUUUUAAAGAAAUUCAGAAAUCCUUAUGAUUAAUUAUUUUCUUUUUUUUAAAAGCUCUGAAUUUAGAUAAACAAGCACAUUAUCGGUGGACUUGAGCCUGUUUAGGCUUUCGUCUUCAAGAAUCCCUAAUGUUUGGGGAUUUAUUAAUUGCCAUUGUCAUAUAUGCUUCUUGAAUGUGAGAUUCUACUGUUUUAUCUUUAAAUUCUUUAUAAAAAUUUGAUUGGUUUCAUUUUCA